AUGGGCCGAAAACUGCGGCUAAAGUUUCAUGCCCUCGUUCCUACCGGUGCGCAGCCCUCGCAGACUUCUCCAGUCUCUUGCAGCAAGCUCUCCAUCAGAACAGCUGUCUUCGUUCGUGAUUAUCGGGCGGAGUUUCCAGACUGGAUUGAAGCAACCGUAGUAGCGCAAAGAGGCAGUAUGUUGUUUGACGUCGACGUUGGUGAUGACAUCUGGGUAAGUCAUCACAACCAGAUCCGACGGCGACAUUGCAAUAACACAACUGGGCUCGAGUCGGCGCCGUCACUCCCUCUUGACAUCCUACUGGAUACCUUCGCCAUUCCGGCAGAUCGGUCGGUUCCCGAACCCAGUGCUGCGCCUCCUUUGGAUGUACUGCCUUCGGUAUCAGUCACUGCCCCCGGGUUUCCAGACAACAAACCACAACUAAGACGCCGGACCAACCGCGUGUACCAAUCAACACUGCCGAUGCAGAUCAAUCCACGCCAAAAGCGGUACUGA